AUGGUUAGGGUAAUUCCUAUCGGGCACGGUCUCGUGUACCAGUUUCACGGGUUAUGCCACAAAAUAUCGCCUCAACUUUGUAUGGAUGUACACGCCAUCACCGCCCACUGCACCACCUACAACAACUUGUUGAUGCCGCUGUCCUUUUGGACCAUCGCCAUUUUCCUGUGGCUGUGCGUGCCCGUCUUCCCAGCCUAUUGUAUCUCGCUCUACUUCCGUUGUCGAAUAAUGCGGAAAUUGAGAGGAAACCUCUGCCUGAGUUCCGGGACAAUCAAGGCGCAGAGGAAUUUGGUCAAGGCCCUAACGAUCCAAGCGAUACUUCCACUUUGCAUGAUGGGUCAGGCAACGAUUUAUCUCUGGCGCCAGUUUCAGUUGCCUUAUGCAAAUUAUGCGCCAUAUUUUGAAGAGUGGGUCUUCUUGUCGUUGGCAAUGGUCAGUCUCGUCAGUCCCUGUAUCACCAUCUACUAUGUGCUACCGUAUCGCAAGCGGGUCACCUCGAUUUUUAACGCAUUCUACUACCAGAGAGGGAAAUUCCGGAUUGGCGGUGGAGAUAUACUGACCGCCACGGCCGACGCAUCGUAUCGAAUAUCAACACAUCGGACAAGAUCUUAUUUU